AUGGAAAUGUUCAGAGAAGGAGGUUCCACAUCCCGACCACCAAUGCUUGAAGGGGCAAACUAUCCUUACUGGAAGACAAAAAUGCAUGCGUUCUUGAAAGCCGUUGACGAACGAGUGUGGAUGGCAGUCGAAGAUGGCUGGCAUUGUCCAACCGUUGUUGAAAAUGAGGUUGUUAAGCCCAAACAAAUGAGCCGAUGGACUCCAGAGGAGAUGGAAAGGGCCAACUUUAACUCAAAGGCUAUGCACGCUCUCUUUAAUACAGUUUCUACAAAUCAGCUGAAAGUUAUAGCUAACUGUGAAAUUUCCAAAGAAGCAUGGGAGAAACUAAGAAUCAAGAAUGAAGGAACUGAUGCUGUAAAGAAGUCUAGACUGAGAGCGUUGGAAAAAUCUUUUGAAAAUCUAUCUAUGGAGGAGGAAGAGACCGUGAAGGAGUUCCAUGCCAAAUUAUGCGAUAUUUCGAAUGAAUCUUAUGCACAGGGCAAGACUUACUCAAAUGCAAAACUGGUUCGCAAGGUUCUUGGAGUUUUUCCUCGAAAGUUCAUGUCAAAAGUUACCUUUAUAGAAGAAAUAAGAAAUGUAGAGGAACUUAAUCAUGAUGAGUUAAUUGGAUCGUUGCAGAAUUAUGAAAUGACUCUUACACGGUGGAAGAAAGGCAAGAAGCAGAAAGAUUCGGAAAAAGAAAAAAAUGAUAUUAGUCUUGUGUUUGUGCAUAAGGAGGAAAAGAAGUCAAUCUCAGAUGCGUCUGAUGGCUUCACUGAUGAGACUCUUGCUUUACUGACCAAGAAUUAUGCAAAAUUCUUGAAAAGGAAUUACAAGAAAAAAAUUUCUGGAGGAAAAGAGAAUGUUCCCAGGAGAAACUUUGGUGGAAACAAUAAGCAAAACCAACAGUCUAGUUACAAGAAAAACAGGGGCAUACAGUGCCGAGAGUGUGAUGGUUUUGAUCACAUUCAAGCUGAGUGUGCCAACACUCUUAAGAAGAAGAAAGCCUUAGCAGCAACUUGGAGUAAUAGUGAUGAAGAAAAGAACCCCAACUCAAGUGACGGGUCUGAUGAAGAGAAACAACUUGUGGCAUUUAUGGCAAAGAGUCAUUAG